UCGCGAGAUGAAAUCUAUGAGGUCUGGAUUAGCUGUCCGGCAGCAGGAGUCAAGGAGCUAGACAUCAAUUGGGCUGCGGGACGUUUAAACAGCGGUUUCAGAUUGCGGGUUGGGUUCAUAAAAUCGUGCCUGUUGGGCGGAAAACCAUUUUGAGAAUACCGGUAGAACUUUGCUUGUAUCCGAGGGAUCCCAAAAUUCGACUCCACGAGGCAUAAAAAGAGAGGCUUUUAGAAACUGUAAAAUUAAUGGUGGAAUUCAGGAAAGAAGACAUGUGGACCGAUGGUAAAUAUGAGCCUCCCUAUGAACGCCUUCCUAGACAUCGUCUUCCACCACGUGAAAUUCCUCCUGAUGGAGAGUAUCACAGGAUGGUAAAUCUAGUCCACAGAAGGCCAGAUGAGGAAGGUUACCAGCGCUGUGAAGACUACAGUGAUUCUGAAUAUAGAGAUUAUGAGGAGUGUUAUGUCCAAGAGCGGAGAAGUGGUAUUCCAUACAGAGAUGACCCAGAAUAUAGAUGGCGAGGUGAGCCUCCUACGAGCCGACAACUUGAGCACAGAGCAGGAUCUUGGCUCGAAAGAUUUAUGGAAAGAGAAAGCAAAGAUGGCUACAGGAAAAAGGCAUACUACCAGCCUGUCUGUCCCAGAGACCGCUCACCGCAAAGAAGAGACUCUCCUUUUGUCCGGGACUCUCCUGUUACUCGAAAGGAUUCUCCACAUAGUAGAUCCGGUUCCAGUGUUAGCAGCAGAAGCUACUCACCAGACAGAGGGAAAACCUACCCUUCCCACCAACACAGAAGAAGCAAAGAGCGGUCAAGUACUCAUCCUCCAGCAGUAUCCCCGACAAGUUCUGCUGCAAUUCCUCCUACAAAGGGUGCAGAAUUAGAUAAAAGUUGCCGACUGUCUGACCCAAUUUUUAUGGAGGCUGCUUGUAAAUGGGUUGCUGAGAGAAUGGAGAAGGUCACUGAAUGCAAAUUGCAAGAUGGUACAGAAGAGCAUGCUGGGUCAUCUUCUGCACUGCAUGGAGACCAAAUUGCAGAGUUAGAGGCAAAUGUUUCUGGGAAUUCUGAAUUCCAUGAUGCAAAUCCACAUACCAGCCGUUCAAGAGCAAUUGCAGCAAAGACAAAAGAAAUCGAAGAGGUUUCUGUUGGCGGAGUGUUUCCUAAACAAAGUAUCCUUUGUGUACAUUGGAAAGUGCCCACACAUAACAUGGACGUGUCACAUACAGUAGCCUUGGGAGACUUGUUUCCUGUGCUUCUUAUGCAGGGGAGCCUUCAUUUCCCAAAAGUUGCUAUGCCUUUUCUUAUAGGUGCCACAAAGUAACUUUUAAAAAUUAGCACCUAUUUUUGUUUGAGUACCGGUAAUCAGAUAAUCUUGCAUUCAAAUUCAGCGUGAAAAGCUUGGCAUAUAGUAACUGAAGCAGGGAAAUAUGCCCUUGUUGCAAGAAAUACUUGCUGAUCUCUUUAUUUUUAGUUUAUAAAAGUGUUGCAGGUUUGGCACAUGGGUGCAAUUAUUACACAAACCACAAGUGACCCUAGUAUUAAAUUGAAUCCCUAACUAUAUAAAAGGUUUUAAAGGAGAAUGAAAGCUCCAAUCGAGGCAGGGUGACAAUUGUUAGGGCAACCCCAAGGAUUGUAAUGACUUACCGGAUACCCUGGGCUGGUGCUCCUGUUAGUAGAAAACUGCACCAUUCUGCGCCCUUACAUUUGGCUCCCACCUUUGAUUGUAGUUUUUUUGUUUUGUCAGAUGAGAGAAUUAUGUACAGAUGUGCUGUGUGUGUAGCAAUUCAUCCCAUUUUAUAAAUGAACUAUGGAUAACUGAAAGCUAGCCAUUUUAUUUUCACUUAAAAACAACAUACCAGCCCUAAAAUAGUUAUAGGACAAAGCAGAUUAUUUUAGGUGGGAAGUAUUGCUGAUCACAGCCUUGUGCCUCCACAUCACAAUUUUUGGAACUGUGUGGAGAAUUCUGGGGGGACACAACAGGUUUGUUGUUUAGGGUGCAAAAUUUGCUAUAGUCUUCUUACCGGUAGCAACCAAUCAGCAGGUAACAUUUCCUGGUCACCAGUUUAAAAGUAAAUAUCUUAUUGGUUGCUGUAGGUUACUGCACCUGGGUAAACGUUGUGCCUUUUAUUACAUGUGCUAGUUACAUUUUAAUCUUGACAAUUUUCUUUUCUCUUGACUCUUUAACACGAGUGCUUAAUCUGAAAUGUAACCGUGUUCUGUAUUGGUUUGUAUUUUAUUAUUGUAUUGAGUCCUUUCUGUUCUGUCACUGUACAACAUUGCGUGCACAAAUUGCAUCACAUAAAUUAAAAUCUACUUACAUUGUGCUCAAAAAUGGGGAAACCCUGCAAAUGUUGGCAAGGGAUCAAUGUUUAUAAGCUUGUUUGUAGCCAUAAACAACUCUCACACACACCACUAUGUCCAAUACAAUCUAGAACUAUACCUAGCCCACAGUUUUGCCAUAUAAUAAGUAAUAGCCAAGACACAUUAAAGGAAUGGUUCACCUUUAAGUAAACUUUUAGAAUGUUAUGGAAUAGCAAACAAACUAUAGUAACUAUUCAAUUGGUCUUUAUUUAUUUAUUUUUUUAACUAUUUACCUUUUUCUGGCAGCUUUCAAAUGGGGGUCACUGGCCCCAUCGAAAAAUGUAUUAUUGCCACUUUUUAUUACCCAUCUCUCAAUUCAGCCCCUCUCCUAUUCAUAUUCCAGUCUGUUAUUCAAAUCAAUGUAUGGUUUCUAGGGUAAUUUGGACCCUAGUAACAACUUUGCUGAAAAUCCAAACCUGGGAGCUGCUAAAUAAAAAGCUAAAUAGCUCAAAAACCACAAAUAACAAAAUGAAAUCCAAUUGCAAAUCUCAAUAUUUAGAAUGAUGUAAAGGUGAACAACCCAAAAGCAUAGACCUGCAAAAUGUACGAGGUGAGGGAAGCAUGCUAGAGAAAGUGUAUACUCACUCCCAACAUGAUGUCAUAUCACCGUGUCACUUCCUCAGCUCUCAUCACAAGAGAUUUUUCAGAUGAUAAUCUCAUAAAAACCUGAGCCUGUCCUGGAGCUGCUAUUUGGAGCUUUGAAGGCAAGUUCAAAGGUUUAGCAGCAACACUGGCUUCUUACAGCAGCACCAUUCAUACAUGAAAUUAUACAGAGCCAAAGCUUUUCAUCUACACAGCUCUGUCAUUUGCCUCUGUAAUUUACCACUAAUGGAAAAGGAGCGACAACUCUUCCCGGGCAAUGAUGUUUUUAAUUAAGACUGUUUAACGGAAGCACUCCAAAUGUUUAUGUGGGGCAAUGUCCUUAAACACUUUAUACGCUACAACUGCUGCUUCUCUUUGAAUCCACUACAGGGACCCUUUGAUUUAAUCAGUAGCAUUUCUCUUAUUGGAACGAGAGAGAGAGUUUGUCAUGGUCUUCCAGUAACAUUUUCUAUUUAACUUUAACACCUUAUAGGAAAAAGGCUUUUCCAUUGAUAAUCUGAAAGGAAAACACAGUGCUGCUUCCUCCCUGCAUAGUCAGCAAUGCAGUUCAUUGUUAAGUUCAUACAUUGCUUUACAUGCUCUAUAGAUACAGCAAGUGAUUGAUGUUUGUUGCUUUGUUCCUCUUUCUAUAAAUAAGAAAUAAAGUAAUGUAAGCCUCCCU